CCCAAGUAGAGGACUUGGAUGACUUGAGUCUUGAUCAGGGGAAGUCUUGGGUCUGGCAGAGACAGCAGAAGGAACUUGACCAACAUCGAGAUUAUCCAAGGUCCAAGGUCCGCCGGUCAAGGGUAUCCAAUUGCUGCAACUGGGCGUGCGUGAGGGGGGGCACUGCGGUCGGCGGUGAAUCUCGUCGCUUCUUGCCUCCCGGCUGAAGCUGGAAGACUUCGACUUCUUCACUGGGGGCAGGCAGGCACAGGCAUAGAGGACAGGCACGGGAUGAGGACGGGGACGACGGUGUGACACAGCGCAGGAUGCACUUGGGUUGGGCGGUAGAACUACGAAGUCGAGGUAGCACUAAGAAAUCCAAUGGGCGGGCAGGCAAUUCAACAUCAACACAUCAUUAGUUGUUGAUGCUUGGGCUUUGGGUGUACCCUACUGUACUCUACGGGGUACCUAGGUAGACUUUGGUUGUCCCUCCACCUCCACUGCCACUGCCCAAAUGGGCCUAACGCCUACAGUAUUGAUUUAGCCUUGGGCAUCAACUCGCGCUAAGAUUCUACAGUACGACAGCGACGGCCUGGGAGUGAGGAAGUCGAAGUCUGGUUUGUCAAUGCCUGGAUAAUAAGGCACAGAAAGGCUGCCAUCGGUCAUAGUGCCGCAACUCGGGCCGGGCUUAGCCAACCUUGCAAAUACCUAGUCGAACCUUUCCUUGGUACCGCCAAGCUGGGCAUACAUUUGCGACUUUCGAUACUCGUACCUUCACCAAACUCAAACUGCGGUGGAUUUAUAUUCCAUGGACUAACUCACUUGAGCAUCCAAGAAGCCUUAUAUCACAGAGUCAUUGGGAAGUCACGAACGCACGUUUUGUGAGCAGUACAAUUCAAUCUACCACCAUGCCGGAAGGGGCUCCGUUAUAUCGCAUCGAUCGCAGAGCUGUCUACUCGGUGGAGCAUCCCAUGCUCAUCAAGAAUGAUGUCGACAAAGCACUUAAAACAUUUGGGAUCGGACAACCCUUUGAACGUGUAAGCUUCUCAAUGUUAUUUGAGCAUAGAAUAGAUUUUUUUUUCUCUGGCGGAAUCUCGUGACUGGCCUGGUGAAGGCGUCGAAUAGAGAUUUGGAUUGUGGUUCAUUAGGAAGAAAGGCCUUGCUGACCAAUAUAGAUAUUCCGAGGGGAGGAUCCGGAAGGUUGUGUGCCCUUAUACCUUCGCCCAAGUGAUCCCAUGUGCGCCCCAAUACUAUCCCAUCACACAGCAACAACCGAUGUACUUCUCAAAAUCACUGUUCCCAAGAGAACAGGACGAAAGCGAAAACGGGGUUCCCAAGGGCCAUUUCAAGGUGAUGUAGAUGUCUCAACACCAUCAGAUACUCCUCUGUCCUUGGUCAAGCCAACAACCAUUUUGAGAAGCCUAAGAGCAAACAAGGGAAAUUACAAGGUAGAAGCAGUAGGAGAGAUAAGUCAUACACAUCGAUUCCGAAGUUCGUUUUAUUUUUCCAAGAACCAUCUUCCGAUACUAAUUCAUGAUUAGCUCUCCCUGAUUUUCAUCAUUCCGUCUCCAACACGGAAUUCUUCCAGCGCUUUCAACCAACUGUUCUCCCUGCUAACGGUAUGCUAAAUUGUCGCUUUUGACUAUCUCAACAACUAACCUCGCAAAGCUUCCAAACUUCGAGAAUUCAAACUUGACUCUUCGAUGGGUUGGGAGAAGAAUCAAUAUCAUAUUCCACCUCCAAGUCUUUCGACCUAUGGUUUACCAUUCAACUGGGGAUGGCACCAAAAUGCCGAUCUUCUGGCAGAAAUAGAUACCACUGGAAACACCACAUUAAUCAAUAAAGGCAAAAUGGAACCCAUCAAAAUCAAGUAUCUAGUUUCUGAUGCAGUUGAUGUCCCCCAGUAUUAUCCCGGCGAUUUCCCAGAUGAUCCAGAGCAAAUCGAUGUCGUCAAACAAUUACAGCUCGCCUUUCGGGAACGUCCCAUCUGGACGCGAAGAGCUUUGAAGAAUCGAUUCUCCUCUCUAUCCUACAGUCAUUUACUGCGAUACAACAUCCAGUAUGUCGCGUACACGUUCAAGGGAGGACCUUGGCGUGAUGCUUUGGUAAAAUUUGGCCUUGAUCCUCGAACUGAUUCAAAGUAUCGCUUUUACCAAACGGUUGUAUUCAAGAUCUACAUGGAAAGUGCUACGAAGCCUGCUCGACGACUUAGGAUUACCCGAGAUAAGACAGUGGGCCAGACAUUGUACCAUCCAACAAGUCACUUCUUCGAUGGCGAAUCCUUUGUCCUAGAUGGAAAGGUCUGGCAACUUUGCGACCUGACAGAUCCACUGCUUGCGAGACUUGUCAAAAACAGUAAAGUACGGGAAAAAUGCGAUUAUUUGCACGACGGGUGGUAUACGAACGGGGCCUUAGCGAAAAUAAAAGGAAUCAUGAGGACCAAAUUAGAUGCCGUUCAAUUGCAAAAGGUUCUCACUGAGGAGGAUUUUGAGAAAACAUUGGCGAUUCCGGAUCAUGUCCCAGAAAAGGAAGCGAGUCAUCAAUUGACUAUCCCAUUGCCUCUCGUAUGGUCUUCGGAAGAGCAUCUUCGAACGCUGAAAGAGCAAGGACCUGUAGCUCCGAGAGCGGGUGGUAUCAAGAAGUAUGCCCAUUACAAGGAAAGGACUGCACGGCUAGGACCAUAUCUGAAGGAUGCGAAGAAGCGGCAGAAGACCAGGGAAACCUUGGAUGAACUACCUGACGAUGAAGAGGAAGAAUUUGAGGAGGGAAUGGAAGAUGACAUGGAAGAUGACCAAGAAGGAGACGAAGAAGCCAACAAUCCUGACAAUGACCCUAUUGCUGAAGCUAUCGCCGGUGCAGCAGCAACAUCUGGAAUCCGAUUGCCGACCGGCCAAUACUUGGCUAUUGACCCAGCUCUCCAAACCAUCUUGCCCAAUGAGGAAACAAUGGAUAGACGACCUCUAAUUCCCAACUUUGGGGGUGCAGUAGAGCUUGGGGAUGAUGAUGAAGGGGAUUUGGAUGAGGAGUAUGAUGAUUUUGAGGAAGAAGAGGAUGAUGAUGAUGGAGAGGGAGAGAUUAGGGAGGAUAUCAUUCUUGCUGAUGAGGAUGAGGUGAUUAAGUAUCCUACUUUUGAUCGAUGAAGAACUGUGUAGUUUAAUGAUAAUGGCCCUGCUACUGUAAUAGCUAGAGGGUAUAUAUGACAAAAUCAAGUUGCUCAUAUAUAUUUGUAGGGUUUUUGUAAGGACUUGUAUCUACU